AUGAGGGAAUACUGCCCCAAGGGCUACCAAGAAACGCCUAGCGAGAGCACCACUUCAUCAGCGGUGCAUCUUCGCUCAACCGGCUCGAAAAAGCAAGCGUUUGACUUCUCGUUCGAGGCUGUCCGUGAAAACCUGUUCCGGGUCACUUUUACCUCCCCAGAUCACCCUCUCCCUCCGUAUCCGAACGUGAAAAAACCAGCAACGAAUAUCGACAAUGCUCGGGUGUCCACAGCGACAAAAGUCUCUCACAAAACAAUUGAGGUUGGCGACGUGAAGGCAUCGGUGGAUUGGGAACAUACCCCGGUGGUCGCAUUGUCUUGGAAGGACCAAAACAAGCCAUUGCAUCGCGAUCUGCCAUUGCGAUCCUAUGUCGCAGACGCAGCGGGAAUCGCAAACUAUAGCGAGCAUGACCGCGAUGCGCUUCAUGUUGGCUUGGGCGAAAAACGUGCACCGAUGGAUCUCAGCGGCCGGCAUUUCCUGCUCUCUGCUACAGACAGUUUCGGAUACGAUGUCUACAACACCGACCCGCUGUAUAAGCACAUUCCGUUGCUGAUAAAGGCGACGGCGCAAGGCUGUGUGGCUAUCUUCUCGACCACUCACGGAAGAGGGUCUUGGUCAGUCGGAUCGGAAGUGGAUGGCCUCUGGGGUCAUUUCAAAGUCUACCGUCAAGACUACGGUGGUCUUGAACAGUAUCUCAUUGUCGGGAAGACUCUCAAGGAUGUGGUCAGGUCAUAUGCAGAGCUGGUUGACUUCCCGCUUCUCGUCCCGCGUUGGGCAUAUGGGUACAUCUCAGGCGGAUACAAAUACACCAUGGUGGAUGAGCCGCCUGCAAAUGAGGUUCUCAUGGAGUUUGCGGACAAGUUGAAAGAGCACGAUAUCCCAUGCUCCGCCCACCAGAUGAGCUCGGGUUACUCGAUUGCGGAAAAAGAGCCCAAGGUCCGCAAUGUCUUCACCUGGAAUUACCAUCGAUUUCCUAAACCAGAGGAAUGGGUUGCAAAGUACCAUUCGCGGGGUAUCCGCCUUCUGACCAAUAUCAAGCCCUUCCUUCUCGCCUCUCACCCUGAUUUCCAGAAGCUUGUCGAUGCGGGCGGGUUCUUUAAAGACCCAGCCACCAAGGAACCGGGUUACAUGCGAUUGUGGAGCGCUGGGGGUGCAACAGGGGGUGAUGGAUGCCACAUCGAUUUCACCUCAGCCGCGGCUUUCAAAUGGUGGUACGACGGCGUUCAAAGUCUCAAGCGCGUCGGUAUCGAUGGGAUGUGGAACGAUAACAACGAAUACACUCUUCCAAAUGAUGAUUGGAAGGUUGCUCUUGAUGAGCCAACGGUAGCUGAGGCCGUGCAGAGACAGAGUAAUGACAACACUGUUGGGCUUUGGGGUCGUGCGAUACACACUGAGCUCAUGGGAAAGGCCUCCCAUGAUGCACUUCUUCACUUGGAACCCAAGAACCGACCAUUCGUCUUGACCCGAAGUGCCACCCCAGGAACUAUGCGAUAUGCCGCCAGUACCUGGAGUGGUGACAAUGUAACCAGCUGGGAGGGCAUGAAGGGGUCGAACUCCUUGUCUCUUAACACAGGAAUAUCUCUCUUGCAGGUGAGCUCCCCUUUGAUAUAG